AUGACAACCCCCUUGCCCCGUUACGACUUCUCCCUCUGGUACUGCCUGGAUGACGACGCCGUCGCCACCGCCAUCUGCCAGCUCCUGGCAGAGCACGGCUUCCGAGGGUACGUUGAGCACCAGGACCACGUGGCGGGGCGGCAGGAGCUCUCAGCGGUGGGCGAGGUCAUCCAGGCGAGCCGCGUGGCCAUCCUCCUCCUGACGCCCCGCUCGGUGGCCGACCCCUGGUGCCGGCGGGUGGCCGAGUGGAACCUCGACCACGCGGUGCACCGGGAGGGGGCGAAGGUCAUCCCCGUCUACGUGGGCGUCUCACGGGAGGAAACUUCCCCUGCGCUGAGGCACCUUAACGGACUUGAGUACGGCGAGAGAUUCUUCAAGCAGAGGCUGCUCUCCAGCCUGCGAAAAGCAGGACCCCACGGGCAGACCCCGCGCCCCUCCGGCGUGAGCGGCACGAAGAAGAGGGCCGGCUUCUGA